AUGCGAUCGAUAUCCACCCAUUGGCCGCGGGGCUUCCCUGGCCCUGCGGAAUCCUCUCAUGUCGCCAAAAAGGAGCUCGACUUGAAUGUUGAAGAGGGGUGGGCUAAGUUUCCGAUUUACUUAUUUCCAGAGGGCGACGAGCAGCGCACAAAACUCUUAGCCGCUGUAAAUGUCUUUAUCUUCAUAUUUGAUGACUUCUGGGAGAUGCAUGACAUCACCACGGAAGUUUUCAUUGAGCGUAUGCAACCUAGUGGGAGCCACACAUAUGGUCCUGAAUCGGCCCUCCAAUCUCUCAUUGACGAUACGAUCGCCCAGAUCCUCGAGCUUGACCAGGAAAAUGGUAACGACUCAGGCAGAACUAUGAUUGAGAUGAUGAUUCGAUUCUUCAGUCGACCUCCUCCGCCAGAGAAAUAUGACUGCAUGGAGGACUUUUUAUUGUAUCGGCAUGAGGACGCGGCGGUUCCGUACGUCCUGGGAUGCACCAAAUUCUCUCUCAAUUCCUCCGUCGACCUUGAAAGUCCCCGUCUCGCGAAGUACAUCCGCUUGCUCAAAGAUCACGUCUCUGUCGCCAAUGACCUGGGCUCAUGGGAAAAGGAAAAAAAGGCUUAUGACACCGGCAAGGUCUUAUACCUGAUCAACGCGGUCGACGUGGUAAAGCGGCUCUUCAGUCUCGAUACAUUCGAUGCCGCCGUCGCUGUGACCCAAGGGUUACAGUUCCAGAUCGAGUGCGAGAUUGAGGCGGAGCUACAGCAACUGAUCGACAUGGAUAUUCUGACCACAGAUGAAUGGCAAUUCAUCAAUGCAACGCUGCACGCUUCCAUUGAUGAGUUCUGGUAUUAG